AUGCUAAAUAUUAGAUCCAAAAUUUUGUUUGCGGCACUGCAUUGCACACCCAACACUCCCUUGACUCGCCACGCGUUUAUUUGUGGGCUCCACUUAUUUCUCGUCUCUUAUAUCCUCCAACCUCUCUCUCUCUCUCUCUCUCUCUCUCUAUCUCACCUGCCUUCCACUCCCUUCCAACUAAGCAAAUCUUCUUCGUCUUCCUCUCUCUCUCUUGCUACUAAAACCUCUUUUAGUACUCCUACCAAUCUUAGUCACAUUGUGUUUGGAGUUGUUGGAUCGAUGAACACAUGGAAGAACAAAAGAUUCUACUCCCAAGCUUGGUGGCGACCAAACGUUACAAGGGGUUAUCUCUUCCUAGACAGACCUCCUACCAACGAGUUCUUACCCUGGCCUUCUUCUUGGCCUCCUUUUCGGGUCAACGAGGACCUCACGAAAAUGAAAACACACCCCAAUUUCUUGAAGCCAACUCAGGUGAGAAUUGCUCGUACCGUUUUGGAGACAUUUAGACAAGGUGAUCAGGACGUGAGAUGGUACGUCAUGGCGGAUGAUGACACCGUUCUUGCCGUCGAUAACUUGGUAGGAGUUCUGGCCAAGUACGACCAUACUAACAAGUUUUACAUAGGAACUAAUUCGGAGUGCGUCAAGUCGAAUUUCGAUUUCUCGUUUGAAAUGGCGUUUGGGGGAGCAGGUUAUGCUAUGAGUUAUCCUCUAGUGGCUUCCUUGGCGGGGAAGUUAGAUGCUUGUCUUGAGAGGUAUCCUAGAUUGUGGGUCAGUGAUUUCAUGUUGUUCACAUGUCUCUCUGAUCUAGGAAUUUCUCUGACUCAUAACAAUGGAUUUCAUCAGAUUGAUCUAUUUAGAGACGUAUCUGGCCUAUUGUCAUCUCAUCCACAAACGCCUUUCCUCUCCCUUCACCACAUAGACACGAUAGACCCAAUCUUCCCCGGGAAGAACCGUCCCGACUCCAUUAACCACCUCAUGAAGGCUGCAAAAUCAGACCAGUCACGCCUUCUCCAGCAGACAAUAUGUCACCACAGGCCAACCAACUGGACAUUCUCCGUCUCAUGGGGCUAUUCUGUGCAUAUCUACGAAAACAUUUUGCCUCGAAGCUUUCUUCGAAAACCCCUCGAGACGUUUAGGCCUUGGAAAAGCAUGAGGCCACCUCUCUACAUGUUCAACACCCGCUGGCCUACCAACAAUCCUUGUGAAGCUCCUCAUGUGUUCUUCUUCGACUCCGUGGAGAAUUCUACCGAAAAAGAUCAAAUUACAACGACUUAUAUUCGAGUGUUUCCUCGUGGUUUGCCUGCUUGUUCUUCCGGUGGCAACCAUUCUGCGGAUCAUAUGGCCAAGAUUCGCAUCUUCUCACCGGCUAAACUACCUUUGGAGGCUGGAGGAAGAGAAUGUUGUGACGUUGUGCAUACAUCUGGGAUGAACAUUACGGAGGUGAGAUACAGGCCAUGCAUAAAGGACGAAGUCACUGCCUAA